AUGCCGACUCAACUGCAACUGCCAACCAGAAAGCUGGGCCGGUAUGGACCCGAUGUCAGCGCUCUGGGGUAUGGAACAAUGGGUCUGUCCGUCUUCUACGGUCCUCCGCCCCCCGACGAACGACGGUUCGAGAUGCUGGACUAUGUCUACCAGACUGGCUGCACCUUCUGGGACAGCUCCGAUCUAUACGGCGACAGUGAAGAGCUGCUAGGGAAGUGGUUCGCCCGAACCGGUGUGAGGAACGAGAUCUUUCUGGCUACCAAGUUUGCGAGAACGGACGAAUUCGCCCAAGACGAUGACGGGCAGUGUAUCAAGGACGCCUGCAACCGAAGCCUGCAGAGACUGGGAGUCAGAACGAUCGAUCUCUAUUACCUCCACCGCAUUGAACGGUACAUGCCUAUUGAAAAGGCAGUAGCUGCUUUGGCCGACUUGCAACGGGAGGGGAAGAUCCGAUAUCUUGGACUCUCCGACUGUAGCGCCGAGACGCUCCGUGCAGCAUGCAAGGUCCACCACAUCGCAGCAGCCGAGGUAGAAUACAGCCCUUACAAACUAGACAUUGAGCGAAACGGCUUUCUACAAACAGCGCGUGAACUUGGAGUCGCCAUCGUGGCCUACUCCCCUCUCGGACGUGGUCUUCUCGGUGGUCAAAUCAAGUCGCGCGAAGAUCUCUCCACCGACGACCUUCGCAGAACGCUGACAAGAUUCGGACCGACGAAAUUCCACCGGAAUCUCAAGCUCUACGAGGUCCUCAGUGCCCUUGGAGAACAGAAAGGAUGUCACGCUAGUACCCUCGUCCUCGCCUGGCUCAUGGCCCAGGGCAGCGAUAUUAUCCCUAUUCCCGGAACUACCAAGACGAGAAACGUCCAAUUGAACGAACAGGCUGUGAUGCUCCAGUUGGAUCCUGAAGAGGUCAAGAAGAUUCGAUAUGAAAUUGAAAAUGCAGAAGCCGUUGGAAGGCCCUUACCGGAUGGGGGUAUGGCCAGUAGCUUUGCGGACACGCCGGUUAUAUAA